UUUCCGGCACGUGUUUCCAGCCCUUUGGUUGCUUGCCUUUUGUUGCUAGGUGUCUGAGCGUCCUUUCUGUGUACGGUUGCCAGCUAGCAGCUAGCUGUGAAGCUAAUAUCAGAGUUAGAGAACCUUCCUUUGGGGCAUGGAGUGUUUAAACUUCGGAUGGAGACUUUAAUGUGGAAACAACAUCAGAAAGAAACUGCUGAGUGAAAAAGGCUCGGUGUGAUGCUUCCUGAGAGGAGACACCUUGAUGAAUGUUUUAACCAGCAGGGGGUCUGAGAGGUUUCUGACAUUCACAUGAGUUCCAGAGAGGCAGCCAGGAUGGGGGACAUCUUGGCUAAUGAGGCUGAUCUUCUUGGGAUGAUAAAGGAGUUCCUUAAGUUUGAGGACUUUGAAGACACGGUUAACAGUUUUGACAAGGAGUGCAAAAGCAAAGGCAAGCUUGUCUCGAAGCCUCAGGGGAGCGCUCUCAGAGACUCAAAGACUCUUAUCAUCCAGAAGGACCUCUUGAGUUCUUUUGACGAUGGAGACCACAAAGUCUUCUUCGAGCUGUGGGCCGACCAUAUUCCUGCUGAAGUUAAAGACACAGACGUUGAGACCCAGAGUCUGGAGUUCUACCUUCACAUCCACUUCACCAUCUACCCCCUGAGGAGGCACCCUGGCAGACAUGACCAAGCUGAGUUCGAGGAGAGAAUUUCCUUCUUCAAGCGGUACCUGGAGACUCGGGGGGCAGCACUGAGCCAGAGCACAAAGUUCCUGCCUUAUUAUGCUUUGCCUUUUGUUCCCAACCCAACCAUCCAUCCCUCCUUCAAAGAUCUUUUCCAGGACUCCUGGGUACCACAGCUGAAGGAGAAGCUGGAGCAGUUUCUGUCGGUGACACUGAAGCCGUCCAACACCCCGAGGCUGCUGUGUUUAUACAAGGAGGGAGGAAGGAGCACUAAAGAAGCCAUUCAGCAGCUCCAGCUCCAGCUGGUGGAAUCAGACCGACGCAUCUCCAGCUACGUGCGGAAGUACAACAAGAUGCAGGCGGACUAUCGCACCCUGAUUGGAAUCACUGCUGACCUGGUCGACUCACUGGAGGCCACCGUCAGCGGAAAAAUGAUCUCCCCUGAGUACCUGCAGAGUGUGUGUGUCCGCCUGUUCAGCAGCCAGAUGAGGCAGAGCGUGGUGCAGAGCACCGACUUCACCCGCCCUGGAACUGGAUAUUACUCUAUGAGUCCCUAUGAUGAUGGCUAUGCCUCUUCAAUGCUUCGAGCGUCCAUCGCACCACCGAGAUCCAAGGAGGUGCCAAUGCUGCCCUCACUGGACUACGAGAAACUGAAGAAGGACCUGUGUGAUGGCCCGGAUAGACUCCAGGCGCUGCUGCUUCAGGCGCUGCGAUGGAGACUGACUCGCUCACUCCCUGGGGAACAGAGAGACACGGUGCUUCAGGCUUAUAUCAGUAAUGACCUGCUGGAGCGCUACAACACCAAACAGAAAAACGUGCUUCACUUAAUCAGAUCCAAGAACGAGGUUGUCCGACAAUACAUGGCUCGUCUCAUCAAUGCAUUUUCUUCCCUUGCAGAAGGCCGGGUUUACCUCUCCCAAAUCCCCGUUCUUCUCCACCUCCUGACCGAGGCUCUGAGGACCGAGGAAAAAGAGUCUCUGACUCGGGAGAAUGUCCUGGUGGCUCUGCAGAAACUCAGCCUGAGGAGGAACCAGCAGACCGCCAUGAUAGCAGACGAUGUGAUCAGCUGGCUCGUGGAUGAGCUGCAGGACUCAGACUGCCUGAGUGACUAUACCUUAGAGUACUCUGCAGCGCUGCUCAUGAACCUGUGCCUGAGGACCAAAGGAAAGAGGAAGUGUGCAGAGAACGCCAAGCAUGUGCUGAAGGUUCUGACUGACCUCCUCGGACAUGACCACCUUGAGAUUCGUCCGUACGUGAACGGAGCCCUGUACGGCAUCCUGUGUAUUCCCUCUGUGCGACAGGAAGCUAAAGAGAUGAGUGUGGAGGAGAUCCUCCGCUGCUACAGCAAGGAGGAGAACCCAGACCUCAACAGACAGAUAGAGUUCAUCAUUAAGCAGCUGAACUCAGCCGAAGAAGAGGGGCCGGAGUCGGACGAUGAAGAAGAAGAGGACGACAAUGAUGAGGACUUAAUGGAGGCAGACCUCGACAUAGAGGAGGUUCUUCAGCCGCAGCCAAGGGAGCUGUGUGGGGAGAGUCUGCUCACUACAGAGUACCUGGGAAUUAUGACCAACAUGACCAAAGUAAAGAGGAAGCCGUCCCCUCUGCAACAACCGUGUGUUGAUGAACCCCUGCAGCGCCCGGUCACUCCAAGUUCUCAUCGUAAUACCAAUGCAGCAGAUUAUCGAUCCAGCGGUCACGGAGGGGAAGGAGGAAGCCUCCCGUCUUCCCGACACAACUCCAGACCUCCCACACGCUCUGGCAGUCGCCCCAGCACAGCUGACUCCCUACGUCACAGCGUCGAUUCUGAAUGUGGACGCUUGUCCCAGGAGUCCGAGUUGGACGGGUCUUAUGAAGGACGAGCCAGAAAAGGACACUCGCAGGAGGAACACAACGGACACUCUUCAAGUGGAGAUAACAGCCCCGCGUUUGUGAGCAAGCCCAAGAUCCCCCGCACACCGGACACACCAGGCAGCCAGUCGAGCGCCAACCGGGCUCGAGUUCUGACUCUGGCCCCCCAGUUCUCCCAGUCGGAGCCGCAGCAGAGCAGCCGGCCCGGCACCUCUGCAGGAGGAGGGGAACCACAGAGCGGAAGUAAGAAUGGCAGCCAGCUGAAGAGGAGGUGAAGAGGGAGCUGUCACCAUGGAGUAGCACUAUCUCCCCCAGAGCAUCAGGCUUCCUGUAACAUCAUCCCUCAGGUUGCAAACAGGGUCACAGCCACAGAGAUGGUCGAGGGGGAAAAGGUGGAGGAAGAGGAGGAGGAAGAGGAUGAGGAAGAGGAGGAGGAGGACGAGGAGGACGAGGAGGAGGAGGGCUUUGAACAAUGUGAAGGAUUGUCACUCUGCUAUUUGACCCCCAUCCCCCUCUUCUGCUUCAGCACAGGCUUCUUUUGCAACCUGAUCUGAGGUCAGACAAUAAUCACAACUCCCAGAUGAUAGAGGAGUCUCCUGAAUAUGUGCAACAUCCUGCUGGCAAGACAAGUUCACGUACGAUGCUGGACACACUGGACUCCCAGGUAGAGCUCUGAGUCUGGAGAGGGAACUUCUCUCUGGUCACUCGUUCGUUAGAACAUAACUUUCCAUCUCCUCCCUUCUU